UUAAUGUGUGUGAUUAUGUAAUGAAAUCUGUAUAACCUGCAUUAUUUGUUUCUUGUCUGUGCUCUUACUUGUUCAAUGUUCAUCCUGAGCUUCCAACUGGCAUACAACUGCAGGGCAAGUGUACAACUGGAGACGGUAUGUUCUAAGUCUAUCUAUAUCUAAAUGAAUAACUCUUAUAACGAUCCAUCAGUUGAAUAUGUACAGCUGUUCCAUGUUAUGAUUGAAGUAUUAUCUGAAGGUAAUCCAUUUUAUCAAUGCAAAACUCUGAAGUGAGAAUUGUAUCACUGUAUUGUCUGUUCUGUUUUUGUGUCCAUACGAUAUGAGCUCUAUCCUGAGAUACCAACAUGGUCAGAGUCCAGUUAAUCCAGCCUGUAAUUCAAACAAGUGAUCAUCAUUUUCAACCCAACAUCUCCCAUAAUUGCUCUUCUUUCUUGAGCUAGUAAGCUUCACCCAGCCAAGUCAUUCUAAGCCAUCCAAAUCAUAAUGGAUGCUUCCAAACAUUAUAGGAAGCAUCCACAAAGACUGCCUGCAUCCAUCCAUUUGUCUCCUAAUAUUACAAUUAAGUCAAUAGAACAACACAAAAUUGAUUUCUGCAAUACACUACAUAUUUGCAACUUCCUCCUUAUCCUAUAUUUGAUUUUUCUACGCCAUGAACUGUUUUUAUGAAGAGGCACACAACCAAUCAAAAGCUUUGUGCAAUACGUUACACUUCAAACUUCCACCUUAUCCAUUAUGAUUGUCCGCUCCAUGAACUGUUUUUAUGAAGAGGCACACAACCAAUCAAAAGGUUUGUGCAUCAAAACCCAAUAUCUCCUGUCCACUACUCCCAAAAGAUUUCUGCAAUUUACUAAACAUCAAACUUCCUUCUCCAAUAUGACUCUCCGCCCCAUGAACGGUUUUUAUGAAGAGGCACACAACCAAUCAAAAGGUUUGUGCAUCAAAACCCAAUAUCUCCUGUCCACUACUCCCAAAAGAUUUCUGCAAUUUACUACACAUCAAACUUCCUUCUCCAAUAUGACUCUCCGCCCCAUGAACGGUUUUUAUGAAGAGGCACACAACCAAUCAAAAGGUUUGUGCAUCAAAACCCAAUAUCUCCUGUCCACUACUCCCAAAAGAUUUCUGCAAUUUACUACACAUCAAACUUCCUUCUCCAAUAUGACUCUCCGCCCCAUGAACGGUUUUUAUGAAGAGGCACACAACCAAUCAAAAGGUUCACUACUCCAAAAAGAUUUCUGCAAUAUGCUACAUAUGUGAAACUUCCUCCUUCAGUAUUGGAUUCUCCACUCCAUGAACUGUUUUUAUGAAGAGGCACACAACCAAUACAACGUGAAUACAAAAUCAUUGUUCAAGUAUCUUCAGAAAAUGUCCCGGCAAAACUCUAAACUGAUGCAGGCAGUCAAUAGUCAAAGAUAUCACAAAUGCAUAACCACAAAAGUAACACAAUUCUAUAUGAAAUGUUGGAUGGAUGGCUUGUAUUAUAUUUGGCCUAUGUACAGCAAACUUGGAUGCCAGCCAAAGGAGGAUGGCUUGCCCCUGCUGAGUCUGGUUCCUCCCAAGGUUUCUCCCUAUACCUCUCUGCUGAUGAUCCGCUUCACUAAUUUAGGGAGUUUUUCCUUGCCACUGUUGCCUUCUGGCUUGCUCACUGGGGUUUUAAGGCACAAUAUUUUCAAUGUAAAUUGUUUGUAAAGAACAAUAAAUACAUGAUGACUUAGAA